CCCUCAUCCUGUUUUCAGAUUAGAUCGCCCCACACACACACAGGUUUGCAGACGAUAAAACUCGUUCUGUUGUCUUUGAUUUCACAUGGGACACCUCGACUGGAAGGUCACAGAGCAACUCAGGAGGAGAGCCGUGUUUGGGGACCCAGCAUGAGACGGUGUCCACAGACGUGAGUGUAGCUGUCCAGGUCAGUGUUGUGACGCGAGUCCAGGUCCUCCAGCGUGUCGCCGGCUCACCACAGUCGCCUGUGCAGAGAUAAGCACCUGUUGACCUUUGCUCUCCACGUGGUCCAGAUCUCAGACGGUGUUUGGGCACGUGUGUGAGACGGGGAGCCUGUGGAAAUGACGUCGGACUCUCAGCUGAGCUACCUGGACCGCGUUGUCAUGGAGAUCGUCGAGACAGAGAGGACGUAUGUGCGUGACCUGCGGAUGAUCGUGGAGGACUACCUGUCUCACAUCAUCGAGCAGUCUCCGGUCUCGCUCAGUCCCGAUCAGGUGGUGCGUCUGUUCGGAAACAUUGAGGACAUCUACGAGUUCAACAGCGAGCUGCUUCAGUGUUUGGACUUGUGUGACAAAGACCCGGUCGCUGUGGCCCGCUGCUUCGUCACCAAGAGAGAAGACUUCACCAUCUACACGCAGUUCUGCAACAACUACCCCAAUUCUGUAGCUGCCCUCACCGACUGCAUGAGGAAUAAAGCUGUGGCCAAGUUCUUCCGGGAUCGACAGGCCACCUUGCAGAAGCCGCUGCCUCUGGGUUCUUACCUCCUGAAACCAGUUCAGAGGAUCCUGAAGUACCAUCUGCUGCUCCAGGAAAUCGCCAAAAACUUCAAGCAGGACGACGAAGGCUUCGAGGUGAUCGAGGAGGCCAUUUGCACCAUGACGGCUGUGGCGUGCUACAUCAAUGACAUGAAGAGGAAGCACGAGCACGCGGUCCGACUGCAGGUAGCCGCGGCUCUCGCGGCCAAGCCUGUUGCUGCUGACGCCCACCGCCGCCUGGGCUCUGUGCAGGAGGUCCAGUCCCUGCUGGUGAACUGGAAAGGUCCAGACCUGACCACUUACGGCGAGCUGGUUCUGGAAGGAUCCUUCAAGCUCCACGGAGCCAAACAUCAGAGGACGCUCUUCUUGUUCCAGCGGCUGUUGCUCAUCACCAGGCGUCGCGUCGAGCACUUCAUCUACAAGACGCACAUCUCUUGCUCCACCCUGAUGCUGAUCGACACCAAGGACCCUCGCAGCUUCAGCGUCACCCACUACAAGAGACCCAAGAAGCCUCACACGGUCCAGGUGAGCGCCAGGCUUGUGCGCCUCUGCUUGGCUCUUCUGAGGGUGUCAUGUGAUCAGGCCAGAAGCGUGGAGGAGAGAGAGCUGUGGGCUCAUCACAUCAAACGCAUCAUUCUGGAGAACCACCAGGCCAUCAUCCCUCAGAAGGACAAAGAUGCUGCGGUGGAUUUGUGUCCGCGCCACCAUCCCAGGCAUCACUUCAGUCCAGAGCGAGUGAGAACGAUGGCACCAGCAGAGGGCAGUCUGGAGCCACAGUCAGUGCUCCAGCAGGUGGGACUCACUGCUUUCUGGCCAAUGAUGAGUGACCACACUAACAUCCUCUCUGUGUUGGACACGAAGCAGGAAGCUGCACUGCCACGCCCACUGCCGGAGGGGGCGGAGCCAGCACCUCCUCAGAGACGCUCAGUCCCUAGGCUUGAGUGCACGGAGGGAGUUGAGCCAGCGCGUCGCUCGGACCUUCCAGGGAGCUCAGUACCAGAGGACCCAGAGACGGAAGUGGAGGAGCCUGCCCUGGCAGCCGGAGACUCCCGAGCUCUGAGCAGUGGAGAAUCUUCCGAUGAGGAGGAGGACGAGGAGGAUGAGCGGCAGAAGGGCCCAGCCCGGAUCCUGCCCCCCUCAGUGCUGAACAAGGCCGGCGACAUUGCCAGUCAUCUGAGCAGCAUCAGGAGGCCCAGCUGGAGCAUCCAGGCUCCAGAGCCGGCCGCCGGACCUGGAUGUGGGCGGCGCUCCGACCCGGACGGCCUCGCCGGAUCCCCUGAGCGGCGUCGAUGCUCUGAUUCAGGUGGAUGGCGACGGCGGGACUCUUUCCUGACGCAUCACGAGCGACUGCUCAUCGGGAAGAUAAAGAGUUACUAUGAGAGUGCGGCCAGCCAGGACGGCGGCCUGGGCCUGCAGCGGCGGGAGAGUCUCAGCCACAUCCCCACCGGACUGGUCCGGACCUCAGUCACCCGCUUCAACCGUGUGCCGGGUGCUUCAGCCGGCUCCUCGGCUUCGGCCUCCGGCGCCGCCCUGCUGGGUCCCAUAGAGUCCAGUCAGUCACUGAGUCCAGCCAGUCAGUCACUGGACUCUCCAGCAUCUGGUCCAACAGUCUCUGUGGAAGAGGCGCUCAGACCCUCGUCUGAGGUCACCAGGAUCUGGCAGACCAUGGCGUCCCCUGCACCGGUCCUGGCAAGUGAGCCUUCAGCAUCAUCCCUCACUCACCAAGACCAGAACCAGAGCCUUGACAACACUGCUGACGAGGUGAAGGCGACUCUGCUCAUCAGACGGCCAGACCUCCUGACAGGGGGCAGCUGUCCCCAGGACCGCCAGGCUCCCUGGGUGAAGUCGGACCCCGAGCGGUCAGAGGCUGCGGAGGACAGAGCCGAGAGCAAAGUUCUGCACUUGGCCCGUUGUUAUAGUCAAAGGCUCCGAGAGUCCAAACCUGCAGUCCCAGUACGAAGUCCAGAAAUCCAGAUGGACCCAAGCACUCCAGCCGGCCAGUCAGCAGAGAGUCCAGCAGAUGAACUGGUGCAGAGAGGAAGCCUCCAUGCAGCAGCGGCCCUCACUCGUGCACAUCAGUCUGCAGCCUUCCACUGGCCUGACGUGCGAGAACUGCGCUCCAAAUACUCAACCCUAGGUCCAAGGAGACCAAGCCGCUCUUCGGGUUCCUUCACGCCGGAGCGCGGUCCACAGGUAGAGCCAAGUAUCCACGGAGGGGCCAGUUCAGCCCCCCACCUGAGCACCGCACCCUCCAGUGAGUUUGACCUGCCAUGUGGACGGCCCCACGUGGCGGCCCAAGCAGUCAAGGGGCCGGAAUGUGAGACUGCUUCUGAAAACUCGGACGUGGAGGAGCAAACCUACGUGCAGAUCCGCUCCCCGACCAGCCGCGAGAAGAUCUCCAUCCUGGCUGUGGUGGACCGGUGUCGGGCCUACCAGGACUCUAAGGAAUACAGACAGAGGGAAGCGCUCGGAGCCUCUGGCGUCCAGGACCAGCACCAUAUCAGACCCAAGGCUGCAGCAGAACACAACCUUGUGAAGAACCUGCGGGACAAAUUUCAGAAGUUUCCAUGACCAAACUAUGAUCUCAAGACGAUGACGUCAUCGGCUAAAGAUGAGGCUCAUGCAUCUCAUGUGAUGAGGAGGGAGCAGGAGGCUCCUCACACAGGACACUCCUUUCUGCUCAGGUAACCUUCUGUUGGUCAGGUUUUUGGCCAGUCCUACUCACCUCUGGACUCCACUUUGGAGGGAGGACGACCAAGCAAGUUUUCUAUGUUCAGGAUUUUAAUUUCUAAAACAGGGAUUUGUGGGGAAAUUCAAAUUGCAAGAAGAAGUGUCAGGUUCAAUGCUGCCCAGAUCACAAGAGUGUUAUAUGACAAGCAAUAUCACUGUCACUAUUAUUAUUGUUAUUAUUAUUAUUAUUAUUUGUGGGGGUUGCCACCUGUUCCUACGCAUUCAUCCUGUAUUUGAAGUGAAAAUGAGGCCACAAUUGUUCCAGAGUUGGAGGUGUCCUGGCUGCUCACUGAAGCCAUGUGGUGUGCUUCUGCAGCAGGGAAUAUUACCGUGUCACAUAGACAGAGAGUUCAAUUAUUUACUGAAGUGGGUGAGUAUGUCAGCAUAAAUUACUUCAUCACUCUCCUUCUUUUUAGGGCAAUAAAGCAAAAAUAGAAAUUCCAUCUCACUUUUUUUCUCAAGUUUGAUCGAACCCUGUGUUUUUUUUCCAGCCAGGAGAAAUGAACGUGACAGAAUGUGACUAAACACAUGUUUACUGUAGCCUUUCAUGUUUUAUAUGUGUGUUGUAUAUAGUGUAUAAAUUGUGUUGUCAAAUAUAGACAUAAGGUUUGUUAGAGCGUUUUCUCACUAAAUAUCUGGAUACCAUUCGAUUAGUUUUUUUUGGACUAUGAUCAAUGUUCUUUCUUUUUCUUUCUUGGGCCCUUCCAUUCCUUCUUUCUCCCUUCCUUUUUUUCCCUUCUUCCCACCCUUUCUUUCUUUUUUGCACUGAGCUGGUACAGAAACAUGG